AACCACUCUUGACAACCUUGUUUCAGACCUAAAUUUUCAAGCCAAGAAUUCACACAACCAUGUCAAAGAACCUUCACAUUUUCCUCACAUAUGCACUCCUCCUCUCAUCAUCACUACUACAAGGGAUUGUUGCAGUUCAAUAUACAGUCACCAACACAGCCUCCAACACUCCCGGCGGCAUGCGUUUCGACACCGAAAUCGGUGUCCCCUUCACUCUCCAGACAAUGGGAACCAUAAACAAUUUCAUAUGGAAACUAUUCCAACAACCUUCCGAUUCACAAAGAAAAAACGUCCCCAUUUUAAACGUAUACAUCUCCGAUUUCAAUGACGCUUUCGGCUACACAAACGGCGACAACAUCAACAUCAGCGCCAUAGGCCUGGCGAGCUUCCCCCCUGGCCGGGCUAAAUUCGAGUUCACUUCCUUAAUGUACCAUGAAAUGACUCAUAUUUUCCAGUGGUCGGGCAAGGGGACGGCGCCCGGAGGCCUAACGGAGGGGAUUGCCGACUAUGUUAUGAUCAAGUCGACUUACUAUGAUCCUGAGGGUUAUACUAAGCCAGGCGAAGGUGGGAGGUGGGACGAGGGGUACGGCGUGACGGCCCGGUUUUUGGAGUAUUGUGAUAGUUUGAGAAGUGGUUUUACUCCGGAGUUGAAUAACAAGAUGAGGGAAGUGUAUAAAGAUGAGUAUUUUCAGGAGUUGUUGGGGAAACCUUUGCCUCAAGUGUGGAGUGAGUAUAAGGCAAAGUACGGGAAUAUUCCGGCUGGCAGCGCCGGCGCAGGUGGUGUGUUAUUUGAUCAUUUGAAGUAUUGAAAUCUUGUUGAGUCCAUAGUAGUACUAGAUUAAUUAGCUAGCUAACAAUUAUAUAGG